CCGCAGCAACUCACAACGUUCCCCCUCGUUUUAGUUUUAAAUGUUUGAUUAAAACUGAAAUGUAACGUAUUUUAUUUGUGUCAAAAUAUGUGGUGCUUAGUGAUCUGUGCGUGAACAGCGACCAAGUGAGCAACUGAGCAAUCUAAGUGAGCAAGUGAGCAAUAAGCAACUGAGCAAUCUAGGUGAACAAGUGAGCAAUAUGAGUGAGUUGACUCACUUACUAAAAAAGAACAAGUGAACAUGUUCCCCAAAAUGAGCAAUGUUUACCCAACACUACUGACAAGGCACUAUUUGUCCUGCUGCACAUCAGACGUCAGGAACGCUAACAUGCGAAGCACCAAAUUCGAACUGCUACUACGGGAAGUAGGAAAGCAACUGCCGGCCAAUGUCUAUGAACUUAUUACUUACAUAGAAGCUAAUACUCUCGAUGAGGACAAUCAGCAUCUGAAGACACGCAACGUACAAGCACAGCGCGCAAAAGUUCUGAGAGAGACUCGCCUUAUUCCCAAAGUAAUAAUGGUUAUUGAGGACUUCAACAAGCACAUAAUUCUAUUGUCUAAGUAGACCAAAACCUUUAAU